AUGUUGCAAGACGGAGGAGUGGUGCAAGAAGCAAGGUGGAGUGUGCACCAUGAGAGAGGACUGCUACUAUGGCCAUGUUAUCAACAAGGGCUGCAAGGUCGGCUGUGUUUGCUGCUUCACAAAACAAAUAACAACGACGUCGAGAACGAUAUUUACAUCUGUUACGACCACAGUUUCAACAGCGACUACGACCUCAACUACAACCACGACUGCAGCAUUCACUACGACAACAACUACAUUUACCACGACGCCGAUAACAACAACAACAACGUCAACAAGUUCUUCAACAAGCACAACUACAACAUCUUCUACUACAGAAUCUGCUACAUCCACAACUAUAACUUCUACAUCUACCAGGACAUCUACAAGUGCAAGUACAUUAACAAGCACAUCUACAAGUACAUCCACAAGCACAUCUACAAGUACAUCCACAAGCACAUCUACAAGUACAUCCACAAGCACAUCUACAAGUACAUCCACAAGCACAUCUACAAGUACGUCCACAAUAGCAACCACAUCUACAGGUUCCUCUACGAGUACAACUACAUCAACUUCAACAACUACAUCAUCCACAUCAACUACCAAUACAACUACAACAACUACGUCUACAACUACAUCAACUACGUCUACAUCUACAACAACUACGUCGGCAACAUCAACAACUACAUCUACAACUACAUCAACUACGUCUACAAGUACAACUAUGUCGGCAACAACAACUACGUCAACAACUACGUCUAUAACUACAUCAACAUCUACGUCUACAACUACGCCUACAACUACGUCUACAACUACAUCAACAUCUACGUCUACAACUACGUCUACAACUACCUCAACAACUACAUCAACAACUACGUCUACAACUACAUCAACAACUACGUCUACAACUGCGACAACUACGUCUACAUCAACUACAUCUACAACAAUUACGUCCACAACUACAACUACAUCUACAACAAUUACGUCCACAACUACAACUACGUCUACAUCAACAUCUACAACGACUACAUCUACCACUGUUACAAUAACCACAACUACAACCACAUUCAGACCUUCACUUGGACGAUAGACACUCCAGUUCGGAAGCCUAUGCAACAUUAA